CCCGCCCCUCCCUGCGCGUCACCGGAAGUGAGGCCGCGGAUAUAGUAAAACCCGCUGGGAGCGAGGCGGCUGAUCUCUGUAAGCUGGCUGGUGGCAUGGCAGACGAGGAGGAAGAUCCUACCUUUGAGGAAGAAAGUGAAGAAAUUGGAGGAGGUGCAGAAGGUGGACAGGGUAAAAGGAAGAGACUUUUUUCUAAAGAAUUGCGAUGUAUGAUGUAUGGGUUUGGGGAUGACCAGAAUCCUUAUACUGAGUCAGUGGAUAUUCUUGAAGACCUUGUCAUAGAGUUCAUCACUGAAAUGACUCACAAGGCAAUGUCAAUCGGAAGACAAGGUCGGGUACAAGUUGAAGAUAUCGUCUUCUUGAUUCGAAAGGACCCAAGGAAGUUUGCUAGGGUUAAAGACUUGCUUACUAUGAAUGAAGAAUUGAAACGAGCUAGAAAAGCAUUUGAUGAGGCAAACUAUGGAUCUUGACACCUUUUGUACUUUCUGAAGCUUCAUUAUCUUCUGGGGGAAACCAUAUAUAAUAACUGUAUAUUUUCCACUGUAACAUCUCUAUAUCUAGCCAUGAAGGUGAAGGAUGGAGGAACACAAAGUUUUCCAUUUUUUUUUUCAUGUCUUCAAUUUUAGAGUGAUAUUUGAGCCUUGAAUUGUCUGCCAUUAUACUACUAUACUUGAAUUACUUACUGGGUUUUAAUGACCACAUGUAAGUUGAAGUACCUUGCAAACCAUGCAGUUCCUUCUGACUUUUGACUGUCUAAAUGAUGAAGUAGUAUUUAUGUAUUAGGUAUUUGUGCCAUUAGGUGUAGGCUAUACUGUGGCUGUUUAAUAUAUGAAAUCUAAAGGGCACCUUCGACUAUGAUAGCUAAGACGUGUUUCAUGUCUUCUAAAGUUUUUAGACUAUAGUAGUCUAAGAGAUUAUUAAAAGAUAGCUGGUUUGCUUUUUUUUAGGGAGAAGAUA